AUGGAAAUAAAUAAUCGUUUUCAUAAGUGUAGACUUUGUUUAAAAAUUGGUGAUUUUUGCUCAAUAUUCGAAAAAGAUGAUACAACUAAGUUAUCUGAAAUGGUGAUGUCGUUUGCGAAUGUGCAGAUUCACGAAGACGAUGGUCUAUCAGACCGUGUAUGUACUUCUUGUAUUGAAAACCUCAGUACUGCUUAUUUGUUCAAACUUCAGUGUGAAAGAAUUGAUAAUCUCAUGCGAAAGUUUCCUGAUAUACAGAUUGACAAGCCAGACGACAAACGAGAUUAUAAUGACCUGUAUAAUCAGGAAUUCCAUAUGCACACUGAAUAUAUAAAAGAAGAGAAUGAUGAUAAUUUAGUUAAAUCUGCCCAAGUUGAACGAGAUAGGGCUCAACUAAGUCCUUGUUUCGAAACCAGCGAUGAGACUGACAGUGAUAUAGAUUCCAUUAAAUGUGUAUAUUGCAACGAAUCAUAUAGUAAUUAUGGUGCACACACUUGCCAUGUCACUUGCACAAUUGAGCACAAUCAGCUUCAACGGUCAAGUAGCAAUGAAACGCUUGUUGCUACAGACUUUACACCAACAAAAAUAUCUAAGCCCCUAUCACCAAUCCCAGACAUUCCAGAAUACGUUAACGUAUCUUGCGUACUUUGUGAUCAAAUGUUUGACCAAUUUGAUCAUUAUGUAACACAUCUCAAUAAAUGCACAACUAAUGUGAAACUUCACCAUUUCGUUUGUCCGGUUUGUCACGAAAUGUUUACAGAUAAAGGCUCAUAUCUGGAACAUUUAAAGCUACUGCAUUUCAAAACACACAAUGAAACUUUGAGUGAUACAGGCACUGACUGUGUCGAUUUUGCCCCUAUGAUUGUGAAAACUAGCAAACCAAAAGCGGUAAGACGGCAGAUAGGUUGGUCAAUUGAAGACAUUUAUCAAGAGAUUGAAUGCCAAAAAAUUGAACAGAAACCGACUGCAACGUCUAGCCCAUUGAAAAAUUUCUUCUCAAAGUUGGGAAAUGAGUCCUCCUCCAGACAAAGUACCCCUAAAAAGGUUAGUUUCCGGAAAUUCAUUGAAAACGGUAAAGCUAAGACGUCUGUUUACCUGCCAUUCAAGAAGUACAUACAAAACUAUAAACUGAAGAAAAAGGCAAACAACUACAGCCCAAUCAACACAAAAGCACAAGUGACUAGCAGAAUACAAGCAAUAUUUCCUGAGGAAAUUUCAGACAGUGACUAUAAUUCACCAAGUGGCGCAUCAGAAGAUUCUUGGAAAAUGAAACAGAAUUUAAUCUGUGCCUGUGACAAAAAAGUUUUCAUGCUAUCGGAACAUAUCCACGAUCGCGACAGAAUAGUGGCAAUGAUCAACGAAUUGGGCGGUGUGGUUGCAGAGAAUACGAAAAUGGAAAUGUUGGCAACGCAUUUUGUGUCGGUGUUACCCAGCGACACAUUCUCUGGUAUGAUGGUGUGCGCUCUUGCCACUGGGAAGUGGUUGCUGCACAUCAGUUUCGUAUAUGACAGCUUUCGAUGCAAGAAGUUUUUACAGGAAAAUAUGUACGAAUGGAUGAGACACCCUAAGAUAGUUGAGAUCGACAAUACAAGCGUGGAAGUAACGAAGGCGGCCGUGUUCUGGCACAUGGAACUGCAAAACGACAACGCCAAAUAUCCGUUUGAGGGCAAGCAGAUCGUGUUGAUUAUGAAGAAGAAGUACAGACAGUACUACCAAAUGAUCUUCAAGGCUCUCAAAGCGAAACCUGUCACUUAUGAUCCCAGGACACCCGGAAGCUGUUGUUCCGCCGACUACUGUUUCGUUGAUAUGAAGAUAAUAGAGAGAGUGAAGUUGCGGUUCUUUUUCCACCACAACGUGCCCGUCUUCCCUUACCAAUACAUAUUAGUGUAUUUGUUAAAGAGAGGGCGAGUCGACGAUGAACAUAAAUAUUUGCUACAAGACUGUACUAAAGUAAACGAUAAGAACUUUUUUUUGAAUAACACUUAUUGA